UAAUUAUAGGUUAGCUGUAGGCAUGCAUAUAUAAACCCCAGUGGAAGAGAGAUUCUGAGGAUCAACGGACCAAAACAUUACAAUGGACGCACUACUGUCAGGGUUACUGAACCCACAACCUAUUCGCAGAGCAGUUAUAAAAAGCUUGCACUUGGAAUUGAACUCUAGAUUGGGGAAUGAGCACAAUCAUUCAGGAAGAUCCCGUGUCUCCUACCAACUAGAAGCGGGGAAAUACGGCAGAUGGCCAAAUACAUUAUGUAGAGCAAAUUCAAGCAGAGAAAGCAAUGACAAAAGUGGGAUUAGUGCUGAAGACGAGAAAGGAUGGUUACACUUUGUGGGCAUUGGUGGAAGCGGGCUUUCAGCCCUUGCCAUGCUCGCCUUGAAACAAGGUUGGAAAGUAAGCGGCUCUGAUGUUACUUGGAGCAUUUAUAUGAAUGCGUUGAAAAGAGCAGGGGCAAGAUUAUAUAUAGGUCACUCAUCUACCCAUUUACUGGAGAAGGACAAGCCGACUUCUCUCCCAGUUGCUGUUGUGGUCUCUGCUGCAAUUCCAGAGGAUAAUGAGGAAAUAUCAUUCGCACAUACUUUGGGAAUACAAAUAUAUAAAAGAGAUGCUUGGCUAGCAAAGAUAACACAAAAAUACAAUGUCAUUGCUGUUAGUGGUUCACAUGGAAAAAGUACAACAGCUGCAAUGCUUGCCUUUGUGCUACACAGUUUAGGAGAUGAUAUCACAGCUAUUGUAGGUGCCAAUGUGCCACAAUUCCCUGAAGGUGGAAAUGCUAUUGCAGGCCAUGGCUCUUAUUUUGUUUUGGAGGCAGAUGAGUACAAGGAAUGCUUUUUAGGAAUUUCUCCAUCCCUUGCUGUAGUCACCAAUGUUGAAUGGGAACAUGUUGACUUUUUUAAAGAUGAGGCUUCUGUGAGGGAUGUUUUUAGGAGGUUUAUAAUGCGAAUCAAGUCGAGUGGGAUAUUGAUUGCUUGUGGUGAUAGUCCAGGAUUGCAUUCCUUACUAGGACUGUUACAACCGAAAAAGUGGGCAACAUGUGAGCUUACAAGUGAGAGUUCUGAAUGGGUGCAUUUCAACACUGCUUGUCGUAUAAUGACUUAUGGACAUGGGGAGCAUAAUGAUUGGCGCGCAGUUUCACUUAUGCCUAAUGCAAUUGGUGGCACAGAUUAUGUAGUGUCAUAUGCAGGAAUGCCCAUGGCAAAAGUAAGAUUAAAAUUACCAGGAGCUCAUAAUGUUAUGAAUUCUCUAGCGGUUAUUGCGUCAGUUGCAGCACUUACUAAACAACAAAAUAGAAGUUUUGAUGUAAGAAAUGACCUGAGAGCAACUCAAGAAGUUGUUAAAGCUGCAAGCAAACAUUUAGGAAACUUCAUUGGCAUUCGUAGACGCUUUGAGUUUAUUGGUAAGAUUCAGGGGUGUGAUAUAUAUGAUGACUAUGCACACCAUCCUACCGAAGUAUGUGCAGUUCUCCAGGCUGCUCGACAGAGAUUUUCUGAUCAAGCUCUCUGGGUUGUUUUUCAACCCCACAUGUACAGCCGCCUAGCAGGAUUAUUGCAAGAUUUUGCACUAGCUUUCAAUUGUGCAGACCGUGUAAUCAUUACUAAGGUUUAUGCUGCUCGGGAGAAAAAUAUCUGGAAUAUUAGUGGGAAAGAUCUUGCAUCAUCUAUCAUUGGGCCAUCCACAGAAUAUAUUCCUGAAUUGGAAGGUGUCCUAGAAAGACUAGUUUGUGAGAUACCUUCUUAUCUUGGGGAGAUUGUCAUCUUCACUUUAGGAGCAGGUGAUAUCACAACUUUAGGACCAAGACUUCUUAGCUCAUUGACAUGACUUUCAAUUUCAAAGAACACCAAAGAUGCACAUAUGGUCUUGUGGUUCGUAAGGUUGGUCAAUAUUGCUACAAGGUAUGUAUGUUCCAAGUUACAAAGCAUAGAGGCUACUGCAAAACCUUUUUGUGUUAAUAGAGUAAGAACAAGUUCAGUUCUUGUGAAUGGUUGUCUAGGAAGGACGAGUUCAGUUCUUGUCUCCGCACUCCUUUGCAUCAUAUCAUUUUCCCUUGCGGUUGUAGAUUUAUAUCCAUGAAGAUAGCGUGGCUGUCUUGAUCAAGUUUCAUGAGGUUUAGUGCAUUACAAACAAUUCUAUUAGUGAAAGUGUGUUGGCUGUUCCAAAAAUUUGGAAGGAUUGGCAAGCAUUAGUGUUCAAUUGUUUGCGCCAACAUGAAAUUAUCUGAAAUUGUAAAAGUAGUGGAUAGGGAUUGUUGGCAAACCUGAAAAAUAUGUAUAUUGUGAUCCACAUGAUGAUAUUUGCCUCUCUGUGGUACCACAAGCUGGCAGAAUUUGAUAUUCUUGGUGAUUUAUGGUUAUUGGGCCGAUACGAGCAUGUUUUUCACAUUUAUCUAUGCUCGUGCCAACUUUGAAGGAUGUGUUAUGAUAUUUUUGGGCUCAAUUGAACUUUGAUAUGAAUCACAAAUAUGUAAUUUCUCUUGGCA